AUGGAGCAAGUUGAUGUUACUAUCGUUGGUGGCGGUCCUGCUGGACUCUUUGUUGCCCUUCUCCUUCAACCAUUGGGUAUCUCAGUCCGAGUCCUGGAUGAAAAGCCUUGCAGUCUAGAGCUUGGUCGUGCUGAUGCACUCAACGCUCGAACUCAGCAGUACUUCGAGGUUGCUGGCAUCCUCGAUGAGCUUUUGCCUGAUGGCCUCAAAUGCGACACGAGCUCUACUUUCAAAGCGGGCGAUUUCAAGUCUCGCCAGAAUGCUUGGUGGGUUGGUAUCGAGCAUGCCUUUCACAAGAACUUCCUUAUGAUCGGACAGCCUGUCGUUGAACAGGUGAUGCGCAACCGUCUCGGCGAUGCAGUAAGCUACAACGAGCACGUUAUCAGCAUUGCUGAGGAAGACGAUUCUGUCACCGUCAUGACAAGCUCAGGUCGAAAGGUCCGCAGCAAAUAUGCUGUUGGGGCUGAUGGUGCCCGAUCAUUUGUCAGAAACACGCUAGGUAUCAGUUUCACUGGUACCAAGCCGGAGAUGACUUGGGCAGUUCUUGAUACCUUCUUGGACACUGAUUUCCCUGUCUGUCCUGAGAUCAUCACGUUCGAGCUUGAUGGAGAGUCUCGAGUUGCGUGGAUCCCAAGAGAACGAGGAAUGUCUCGGUUCUAUGUUCUUCUUAAGGGUGAGAUCACGCAGCAGCUGGCUGAGCAGUCUAUCAGAGAACAUCUAGCACCAUAUCGAGUGGAAUUUACGAAAACGGAAUGGUUCAGCACAUUUCAUGUCAAGGAACGGCUUGCUGGUACCUUUAUCUCCAAGGAAGGUCAUGGAAGAAUCAUCUUGGCCGGAGAUGCUGCCCACGUUCAUUCCGUCAACGGCGGCCAAGGCUUAAACACAGGUGUCUCCGAUGCUUUCGCUUUGGCCUGGCGUCUCUCAGCACUCGCACGCCCAUCCAACCUUACUCCCGAAGCAAGAGACGAUAUUCUUCGCAGCUACGAUAUCGAGCGGAGAUCCACCGCCGCUCAAGUCAUCGGAGUGGCUGCAGCACUAGUCAGGGACACCAUACACACAGCCAAGAAAUAUGUCUCCACAAUCGAACGAAAUGCCGGCUUUAUCACAGGCAUGGGUGUCAACUACAGCGAGUUUGCCACUCCACUGAUCCAAGGUACGGAACUUGGCAUCUGGAAACCUGGAUAUCGCUGUCCCGAUGUGGUAAUAACUGGAUCUUCCGGUAAAGCGUCGCGACUCUAUGAAAACGUCUCUUAUGGAGAUUUCAUCGUCCUGGCUAUCGGAAGACGACUUCCGGCGAUCUCCGUCUCGGCUCCCGUUUACACUAUUCUACCCAAUGGGUCGACUAAUGGCCAUAUGGGAUGUCACCAAAACAGGGAUGGAGACAAGAACUUCACUGCUGAUUGGGUCAAGAACGAGGACUCGGCUAUUGUGAUUGUUCGGCCGGAUAUUACCCGUUCAGGAGUGGCACAGACAUGGCGCCUUGAUCUGCUGAUGUUGAGUUUUAUCUUUUUCAUCGAGAUCCACUGUGGGGAGAAGUGCCGAGACAGAACCGAUGAUAACCCUCUGGUCGAGAGCAGUUUCUCGGUUGAUGAUACAUCGCCAAAGCCAAUCCCAAAUGGCGGUUUACUCGCGUGGCUGCAAGUUGCAGGCUCGUUUUGCCUCUACUUUUGCACCUGGGGCCUCAUAGCAAGCUUUGGAAGCUUCCAAACCAUCUAUGAGCGAGAUCAGCUGUCAACUCACACGCCAUUUCAGAUCUCAGUUAUUGGUUCUCUCCAGACGUUUCUGAUGGUAUUCUCAGGCUUCAUAGUUGGUCCAAUUUAUGACUCUGGUUACUUUCGACACCUUCUGGCAGUUGGGUCUACCUUCAUUGUCACCGGCACUGUACUUCAAAGCCUGAGUCAAAAGUAUUGGCAGUAUCUUCUCACUCAAGGCCUUAUGAUUGGCAUUGGCGCCGGUUGUCUAUCGAUCUUGAGUGUUGCCAUCACUUCACUAUGGUUCACUACAAAAUUGCCCUUGGUCAACGGACUUGCAGCUUGCGGUAGUGGACUCGGAGGUGUUCUUCUCCCCAUCAUGAUUCGGGAGCUCAACGCACAGACAAGCUUGCCAUGGGCAACAAGGGCUAUGGCUUUGUUACUGUUGGUCCUACUCCUGUUUUCAAACCUUGUGCUUCGACCGGGGCUAAAUCCCAACGGACCAUCCCAACGAAGGCAACUUCUUGACAAGACAGCUUUCACUGACUGGCCUUACGUUCUUUUCGUGGCUGGGUGUUUUUCUGUCUUCUUGGGAAUGUACACACCAUUCGUCUACGUACAAAGCUACGCCCUAGACAACAACAUUGCGUCUGAUCUCUCUGGGAAUAUGCUUGCUAUUCUAAACAGCAGCUCAAUCUUUGGCCGUAUCCUCCCUGCUUUUCUCGCUCAGAGCCUUGGACCCAUGAACACUAUUAUUAGUGCAGCAGUCUUGCUUGCCACGACAAGCUUGUGUCUCAUCUCAGCAACUACAACUCCACGAUUGCUUGUUACCGUCAUCAGCCAGGGAUUCUUCACAGGGUCCUUCUUCGCGCUUCAGCCGACCGUCUUUGUCAGACUAACUAGUGAUCCUCGAAGAAUUGGGACAAGAUUUGGUAUGGCCUUCUCGGUCAUGUCUGUCGCGCUGUUAUUCGGUCCGCCUGUUGGAGGGGCAUUGCGAAGGAGUAUGGGGUAUACGGCUGCUUGGGUCUGGGCUGGGCUGACUAUUUUCAUCGGAGGCAUUUUGAUCCUCUGCAGUAGAUUGCUGAAGGAUAAGAAGUCUUUGAUAGUCUGA